AUGUCCAAAUUACUAAUAUACUGUUGUUUUAUAGUCGUGUGGUGUGAGUUUUUAAAUUGUGAAAUAUAUAACACAAGACCAAAAAUAAAAUCAUCGAAUGGAAACCUUGUACUACAGCCUGCUUAUGACAAAAAUAUUUAUCUAAACACAAAUGGACCAAGGUCUACGAUAUUCUUAGGAGAUGUGAAUUAUAAAAGCUUAUAUAACGUUACUAUUGGCAAUACUAACUUUAACCCUUCAAUAAGCGACGAUAAUGUAAAUAACAAUGCCAUCCCAUCGGAUGAUAUACUGAGAAGAAUACAAAACUUGGAAUCCCUGACUAACAGUCUAUCAAGUAAUUUGUACUUGAAUAUAUCUCGUCUUGCUCGAAGAGUACAGAAUAUGAACACUAAGGUACGUUAUUUGCAAAAUUUACUAAACAAACGUGAAGAGUGUCGCUCGCACCCUUGUGCUAAUGGAGGUACUUGUUUGGAUUUAAUCAGUGGUUAUUAUUGCAUAUGUCCUUCAAACUGGAAAGGGCCCAACUGUGAUGAAGAUAUUAACGAAUGCUACAACUACGCCGGCACUGAUCUGGGCUGUCAAAAUGGCGCGACUUGUCUGAAUAAGCCAGGAUCAUAUGAAUGUAUAUGUAAACCAGGUUGGUAUGGAAUCGACUGCACUAGAACUGAAAAAAAUUGCUCUCAAGGUGACUUUGAAAUGUGUGGCCAUGGAAUUUGUGUUCCCUCAACGUCAGGAGAAGGGAUCAGAUGCAUUUGUAACCAAGGCUGGACUACAGAUGGGAAAGGCGUCGCUUGCUUAACGGAUGUAAACGAAUGUGAAUCAUCACAAAAGGCAAGAUGUUCUGUAAAUCCGAGAGUAGAUUGUGUAAAUUUGCCUGGAUCAUUUCGAUGCGAGCCCUGUCCCAAAGGCUACGAAGGAGAUGGGUUUGCAUGCUACGACAUUGAUGAGUGCUUAACAUUAAAUGGCGGCUGUAGUACUAGUCCUAUGGUGUUGUGUCAUAACACGAUAGGUUCUCGGAUUUGCGGUUCGUGUCCACCUGGCUAUCAAGGCGAUGGUGUUACAUGUACAUGGCGUGGCUCUUGCUCUAUGAAUCGCGGUGGAUGCCAUCCGUCAGCUGAGUGUGUGGAAAAUUCGGCAGUUAGUGGAAUGACGCAGUGCGUGUGUCCUUCUGGUAUGAUAGGUGAUGGAAUCGGACUUCAUGGAUGUUACGUUGCAGCUGACGUUAAUUCUACCGAUAAUUGUGAAAGUAAUCCCUGUGGACCACACGGACAUUGCCAUACACUUAGUCAGGGCUACUCGUGUAUUUGUUACCAAGGAUACGGUGGUGCACACUGCGAUAAACCGAUCAACUUUUGCACUAACAAUCCGUGCCACAAUGGCGGCACUUGCCGACUUGAUGAGAGAUCACCAAAGGGAUACAGAUGUGAAUGCACCGCGUUGUACUCGGGUGAUUUAUGUCAAGUACAUUCACAACGGUGUGGCGAAUUUCUUGAUUUUGAAGAAGGUAGUAUUGUAUAUCCACUCUCUAACACGACUUAUGCCGACAACGCACGAUGUGCUUGGGUUAUUCAUACGGCUCCCGAUAAAGUUAUCAAUGUUACAUUUACCAAGUUUAACUUAGAAGAGCAUCCUUCAUGUAACUAUGAUUUUGUACAGAUUCAUGAUGGCAGAAGCUCAGCAAGCCAACUGAUAGGUAGGUUUUGUGGGACUAACUUUCCUAAUGGUGGCAAUAUUAUUUCAAGUCAUAACAAUUUAUACUUUUGGUUCCGAUCGGAUCAUUCCGUAGCUAAAGAAGGGUUUUCUUUACAUUGGACUAGUGUGGCCCCGGUAUGUGGCGGAGAGAUAGAUGCAAGCGUACACGGACACAUAAGCUCACCUGGUUCGCCUGGAAAAUACCCACCAAAUCGUGACUGCUAUUGGCACUUACUUACAACUCUUGGUAAAAGAAUACAAUUACAUUUUUUUGAAUUUGAUAUUGAAUCACAUCAGAAUUGCAGUUUUGAUUAUUUAGCUAUUUACGAUGGUGAACAUACAACUGAUCCGCUUCUAAAUAAAUAUUGUAAUUCAACUCAACCCGCCCCUGUCCAGUCAACUGGUUCUGAAAUUCUUUUACAUUUUCAUUCUGAUAAAUCAGGAAAUGGCAAAGGAUUUCAAAUAUCUUUCGCGCCUAUUGAGGGAGUGCCUGGAUGUGGAGGUUUGUUCACAACGGACAAGGGUGAAAUCACUUCGCCUUCUUACAACAAUGCUUACUUGCCUAAUUUACUGUGUGAGUACAAAAUAAAAACACGUAGAGACACAAAAAUACGUAUAGAGUUUAAAUUUUUUCACUUAGAAAGAUCUUUUAGGUGUCGGUAUGAUUAUUUAAGAAUAUUUGACGGUCCUUCGGCUGAUUCACGUCUUGUCGGUAGGUUUUGUGAUACUAGGCAUCCAAAAACAUUUAUAUCAACUACGAAUGAUCUGUUUAUAAUAUUUAGAAGUGACCACAGUGUCGCUUCUGAGGGUUUUAAAAUCAGUUACGAAUCAAUUUGUGAAAAAAUGUUUACACAGGACAGUGGAGCUAUUACGUCACCAGAAUACCCAACGAACUAUCCAAAACAAACCUCUUGUGAUUAUAUUAUUAGUACAACACCGGGAAAAGCGAUUACAUUAAUGUUUCAAGAUUUCGAUAUUGAAAACAAUAGAUAUUAUAAUUGUCAAUAUGAUUUUGUUGAAGUAAGAGAUGGGCCAUCAAUAAAUUCAACGCUAAUGGGAAGAUAUUGUGGCAGUUCUGAAUCCACACCACCGGUUCAAACAUCCAGUCAUAAUUUCAUGUUUAUACGUUUUAAAUCAGAUGUAAGUAUUUCUGGAAGAGGUUUCUAUGCCAAUUAUACUACUGUAGAUACGGAAUGUGGAGGAAUUUACAAAAACUCAUCUGGUAUUAUUAACCAUCCUUCUACCAUCGAUGGAAUAUAUUCUAACAAUCAAUAUUGUACGUGGAUGCUAAUCGCUCCAGAAGGAAUGCAUAUUAAGUUAGAAUGGAGUAAAUUUGAAGUCGAAGACAUGCCAACAUGUAACAGUGACUAUGUUGAAAUAGUUGAAUAUGAUGAAAAUAAUUAUAAUACCACGUUGGGUAAAUAUUGUGGACGUACUUUCCCUCCAGCUAUUACAACGUAUUCAAAUCGCAUUUCAAUAAUAUUUAAAUCAGAUAUCAGCAUGCGGUUAGGUGGAUUUUCAUUAUCAUAUACAUUCUUAGAUGAAAAAACCCAUUGUGGUGGAGUUUUUGUUAAAUCGCAUGGCUUUAUUUAUUCACCAGGUUGGCCUCUGAACUAUGAAGCAAACCGUGAUUGUGCCUGGACCAUAACUGUACCCACAGGACAGCAAAUUAUGUUAAAUAUUACAAAUUUAGAAUUGGAGCGGCCGUAUAAUGAAAAAUGUGACACUUCCGAUUACAUAUCCAUUUGGGAUGGCUCUACUGAAACCUCGGCUUUAAUCGGUCAAUUCUGCGGUUACAUUAAGUCUAAACGAAUAAUCACGACUGCUAAUAGUGUGCACCUCAAGUUUCAUUCAGACGCUUAUAUAAGUGGAAAGGGAUUCAAAAUUGAAUGGGAUGGUACGAUCACUGGCUGCGGGGGAACACUAUCUGGGGCAUCCGGCGUAAUAUCAUCACCAAAUUAUCCACAGAAUUAUAAUGAAAAUGCCGAAUGCUUUUAUAGAAUUGUUACAAGCACUGGUACAAGAAUUAGAAUUAGCUUUUCAGUAUUAGAUUUAGAGAGGACGCAAAACUGCAAGGACGACUAUGUUGAAAUAUUUGAUGGCCGUGAUAGUAAUUCAGUAAGUUUUGGUAAAGAUUGCUUUUUAUCGCCAAAACUAAACAAUGUAGAAACUUCAAGUAAUCAUGCAUUUAUUAAAUUUAGAUCUGACAUUUUUAUAAGCGGAAAAGGUUUUCUUCUUAAUUACAAUACUAUCUGUAAUAACAAUGUUAGUGGUAGAUAUGGCGCAAUUGAAAGUCCUGGCUUUCCAAACAAGUAUCCUGUUGAUUCUGAUUGUUUAUGGACUAUUACUGUUCCUAAAGGUAAUAAAAUUAAUGCAACAUUCACUCAUUUUGACAUCAUCUACCCACAAUUUCCUGCUUGGCCUCCAGGGUACCAUAGAUAUGGUAUGAUUACAAGAUUUAGGACCCCUUUUGUCUCUGGAUGCUCCUCAUCUUAUUUACAAUUCAAAGAACUAUCUGAAGAAAAAUAUUCCGAUAAACAAUGUGGACCAACAUUUCCACGAUCGAUAACUACUAAAAGUAAUUCUUUGCAAAUCCGAUUUGUAACUGGACAUAAUUACCCUCGGAACGGAUUUCAUUUAGAAUGGGUUAGUUUUGGUUGUGGUGGUCAUAUACAAAAGCAGUCUGGUGUUGUAUCCAUGGAUAAAAAUAUGCUUUUAGCAGGUGAGAUGGAAUGUGAAUGGAUUAUAGAAACACCAGUUGGUACGGCAGUGACUAUUACAUUUUCGGAAGUGUAUAUGACAGCAGCUAAGAAUUGUUCUAUAGACGCCUUAGAAAUUUAUAAUGGUCAAAGUAAAGACUUUCCACUAUUAUCAAAGAUAUGUAACCGUGGACAGACGUCAUUACAGGCGACCUCGAAUUUCUUAUUAAUAAGACUAGUGAAACUAUCACCUAUUAGAGAUGUUUAUUUUAUGUCUCAUUUCGAUUCGAAUCCAGUUACUUGUGGAGGUAAAAUAAACGCACCCUUUGGACUUAUUCAUUCCAAGAACUAUCCAAUGAAUUAUGACAAUAACUUAGAUUGUGUAUGGACUUUGUCAGUGCCAAAAUACCAUAGGAUUGAAAUAAACUUCAUUAGUUUUGACCUGUAUUAUACUGGAGGAGAAGAUGAUGAAGAUGACUGUGGUGAUUCAAUCAAAAUUUAUGAUGGCUUCGAUUCGUUUAGUUCAAAUUAUACACUUCUUAUAUGUCCUAAAAGUAAUAUAACACAUCCAAUUAUAUCGAAUCACUCCACUGUAAAAUUACAAUUUACUAGUGAUCUCUAUGGAUCUGCCAAAGGUUUCAAAGCCAAUUUUACUAUGACAUGCGGAGCUGUAAUAACUGCAAAUUCAGAUGGUGUAAUUUCAAAUGAUAACUUUAUAAGUCAUCAUAAAACCAAUUGCACUUGGGUCAUAAAAGCUCCAAACCUCGAAGAUAAAUUAAAACUUACUAUAAGUCAUAUUUCAAUACCUAAAUCAACUGAUAUCAUAACAAAUCGACAAUGCCAUUCGUCUUAUCUCAAGGUAUUCGAUGGCGAUGAUGAAACUGCUCCUCUAAUUGAAGAAUUUUGUGGACGUAAAGUUCCACCUGCAAUUAUUAGUCAAGGCAGUACAAUGACAAUACAGCUAGGUACAUAUACGGAUACUUUAUCGGGUCAAUUCUCAGCACAUUAUUCUACUUUGACGAGUUCUUGUGGUGGUCAUUUAAGUUCUGAAGAAGGUGCUAUUGCUUCCCCUAAUUAUCCACGUUCUUAUCCAAGCAAUGCCGAUUGCGAGUGGAUAUUGUCGACGGCUCCCGGUAACAGAGUAUACAUCACAUUUGAAAAUUUCGAUUUAGGGUAUUCUGAAAAUUGUAAUGAAGAUUAUUUGGAGAUACGAGAAAAUGACGGUGGAGGACAAUUGUUAGCUGUCUAUUGUGGACAUGAUAUACCCAUUAACACUACAACUGGAUCAAAGCUAUAUUUAAAGUUUCAUAGUGACAAUAAAAACGCGGGUCAAGGAUUUCUUCUUCAUUAUGGUUUUCUACACGGAAAUGAAAUCACUGGCUUUAAAAGUGGAGAGAUUGCUUCGCCACUUUACCCUUCUCCAUACGAAGGUCAAGGUGAAUAUACUUGGCGAAUUAUGACAAGCUCAUCGACUACUAUUACUCUCAACAUUGACCGUUUGGAGCUAAUCAGAAAUGGAGAUGUAUGCAAUAAUAAAUUAACUAUUUACGAUGGCUACGAUGUAAAUGCUCCGAUAAUUCGUGAAUUAUGUGGAUAUCUGGCCGAUGAAAUUCAAGAUUUGCAAUCUACAUCAAAUGUUGUGUAUAUUAUGUUAACUUUAGACGCUACCAACAUUGGUGCUAUUUUUUUCAUUCGAUGGGCAGAAUCAAGUAGAAGUAUAGGUGAUAGCAGUCCUAUUUCUAAAUUUAAUUGUGGUUCUAGAAAUCACACGUUAGCACAAUUUAUUUCUCCUGAAAAUAACAGUAUUGAGUUUUAUUCGCCAAACUACCCUAAUACAUAUAAUAACAAUUUAAACUGUGAAUGGAUAUUCUCCACCAUUGCUAGUCGACACUUAAGCUUAAGUUUUAAUGACAUACUCCUAGAAGAAACUUCUGGAUGCUUUGCAGAUUAUAUAUCCAUUUUCUCUUUAAUCCGAGAUAAAUGGACCCCUAUUAAAGAAAAAAUAUGUCUUGCAGAGAAUGAAAAAAUAAAAUUUGAAUCUACCACAAUGUUAAAAGUUACAUUUGUAACAGAUAGUUAUGAAACACGAAAAGGAUUUAAAGGCAUCGUUAGUUCAGUUUGUGGUGGAACUUUAGACAAAGAAAAAUCAGGUGUAAUUGAAAUCACUCAGGUAGAUUUUAAGCUUACACACACAAUUCGAUGCAACUGGACGGUAAAAGUCCGCCCAGGACGUAGAAUCCAGCUAGAUUUUAUUCAUUUUAAUAUAACAAAUGAUAAUGAUUGUACUACGUAUUUAAUAUUGCGAAACGGUGAAAAUGUGGAGUCCCCGUUAUUAGGUACAGGAAAGUUUUGUGGUUAUUCACACGAAAAUAGGACUUCAAUCACAUCGUCUAGCAAUGCUGUUUAUAUAAGUUACGUUGCAGCUGUUCCAUUAGACAUAAUAUCGAGCCGGAAGCUUCAAUAUUUUAAAUUACUUUACAAAGAAGAAAACAUUGAAUGUGGAUUUUCAUCUACUCUAACUGAUGAUCAUAAGUGGGAAAUUAUUACUUCUCCUAAUUAUCCAUCUAUUCCUAUUCCUUACACAGAAUGCAUUUGGACAUUCACAGGACCACCGGGAGAAAUUUUAAGAAUAGAUUUUAUGGGCUAUUUUAAAUUAGAAACAUCGGAUGAGUGCAUUUCCGAAUCAAUUGAAAUAAGGGAUGGAAUUUCUGAAUUAUCUCCACUUAAAAAACGGUUAUGCAAAGAACAACCGGAAACUAUUAAAACUACAAAUAAUGCUAUGUAUAUAAAAUAUUCUACUCAAGUAGCAGAGCCUAAAAAUGGAUUUAAGGCUAAUGUAUCAAUAGAUGUCUGCGGUGGCACUAUUGUCGCUAAGUCAGGAGAAAUAUCGUCUCCUGGAUAUCCACACAUGUUAGUAAUGCCGUGGGGUACAAUAUGCAAAUGGCACAUAAUAUCAAUACCAAGACACACAAUACGGAUAUAUUUAAAAGAUACUAAGCUGCCAGAAUCUGAAAAACCAUGUGAAACAAAAUUGACAUUUGAAGAAUUAGUACCAUCCAAUGGCACGUAUGAAAAUGUUAUUAUAAAACAAUUUUGUGACGAUGACUUUAUAGACUAUUCACAGUCAUUUGAAACAAUUACCAAUAAUCUCACAGUAAAAUUUCAAUUGGGGAAACCGAGUCAAUGGACUGAAGUGUCAGACAGCAGGGGAUUUAGGUUUAAUUUUAAUUCAUCUAGAAAUACCUGCGGUGGAACGAUAAAAGCGUCAGAGGGGUAUUUGACUUCUCCCGGUUACCCCCGUGAAACUUCGUUACGAUAUUGUCAAUGGAGCAUUGAAUUACCAGAUGUGACACGUCGGGUGCAAAUAGAGCUUCUUGACUAUGAUCGAUCCGACAUUAUAGGUGCUUUUAAUGAUCUGACAUAUGCUUGUCCUAUAGCUUUAAUAAAUCAAAAUAUUUCAUCAGGAACAAUUCAAGUAUUUAAGUCUACAGCUCACCGUUUAUUAUUGUACGUGGCCAUUGGUAUAAGAAACAAACAAACACAUCGUUUCAAUGCCAAAUUCUCUUCAGAUGAACCAGCUUUAUGCGGCGGUGACCUAAAUGGCAUUCAAGGUGAAUUAAAAUCGCCAGAUUUGCAAGAAAAUUUUAUUUGUGAAUGGAGGUAUAGUAACACCGAGACAUACGUAGACACAAAAUACAAAUAUAACACAAUAUCUGUCAAUAUUAAAAUUACUUCAUCCAAUAGUAAUAUAUGUCGUAUAUCCGAUUCUCAACUUACUAUCAACGCAGCUGUAGUUGCCGGAGAAGUUUCGUUUAUUAGAAAUGCGUGUGGUAAUAAUACUGAGGUAACAUUUAGCAUCCCUGCUUCCAAUAUGAAUAUUAAAGCUAGUCAAUUCAAAAUAAGACCUCUUAGGUUUAACCUUAGUUGGAAUUUAAAUCCAUGUGGAGGAAUAGUUUAUGCUAAAGAAGAUGUCGUCAACGUUAUAGAUGUACCUGAAGCUCUAAACAAGACGAUUGAUUGUGCAUGGAUUAUAAUUGCACCCGUUGGCGUGAGAGUAGAGUUAAAGUUAGAAGGAACAUUUAACCUAGACUGCUCUGAUGAAUCAUUAAAGAUAUAUAAAGGAUUAAGUCAGAUAUUUAACGACAUCGGUAAUUAUUGUAAAAGCAAAACUCAAGAAAAACCUCUUAUAGUUGGCUUUAAACAUAUAUAUGUUCGCUAUUACUCCAAACUAUUUAACAAAAAUAAUGUUAAGCUUCUUGUUAAAACUGUUACUGCACAGUGUGGAGGCUAUCUAACGCAUUAUGAUAGAUCAUUUACUUCUCCAAAUUACCCCCACAAUUAUCUAAAUAAUGAAGAAUGUGUAUGGGAAAUUCAAGCAGAAACAGGUUACAGAAUUUCUCUUCAUUUUACAGACCGUUUUGUGAUCGAAGACACGAAAAAUUGUUCCAAAGAUGCUAUCAUUAUUUAUGAUUUCAAAGAAAAUGAAUUUAAUGAAAUGAGCAAAAUUUGCGGUCGCGUAAUACCCCCUGCAUUUAAUUCGACAUCGAAUCAAAUGAAAGUAGUAUUUCGAACAGAUGCUAAUAUUACUUUAGAUGGUUUCAAAGCAGAAUGGAAUCCUAUUUGUGGUGGAACAUACGAAGCUAAAGAUAAAGAACAAUUCUUGUACAGCCCAGGUUACUUCUCCGAAUAUGAUCACUCUCUGGAUUGCACUUAUGAAAUUAAGUCAAAACCGGACAGCAAAAUAAUAAUCAAAUUUAUAGAUUUUGACCUGGAAGGGUCUUACCCAGAAUGUGAAUAUGAUAAUGUAACAAUAAAUUAUAAAAGUUAUUACUCUGCUGAACUGAAGGUAUAUUGUGGAAAAGAAAUGCCUCCAACAUUUAAAUCUUUGAAUGAUGCUAUAAUUGCUUUCAAAACUGACCGUUACAUUAAUAAGAGAGGUUUUAAGCUAUCGUACGCUUUAUUUAAUUGCGGAGGAACAAUUAAAGAACCUACUAUUUUAGCUCCAGAGAUUUCACAAAUAUAUGUGGAAGAUACGAACUGCACGUGGUUAAUUGAAGCUCCACAAAAUAAAGUAGUUACAAUGAAAUUUAUAUAUAUAAAUCUUGAAAGCGUUUUUGAGUGUUACUCUGAAAGUCUAGCAGUUUACGAUGGUCCGUUUAUAGACGAUGAAAAACGAUUGGCCUUGAUGUGCGGUCGUGUAAACAGUACAACAUAUAUUAAAGGAAAAAGUAAUAAAAUGGUAUUACAAUUUACAUCGAACUCUAUUGCAAAAGAUGAGUAUUUCAAAGUAGCAAUAUUUUUUACUUACUCAGAAUUAGUUGGCUGCGGCGGGACCAUAAACCUGACCGAAUCAAGAGCAAAUGUGAAAUCUCCUCUGAUUGGAAACAAUUUUGUUUAUGAAAAUUACUUAGACUGCUAUUGGGUUAUAAAAUCACCAGUAGAUCAUGUUAUUAAAGUGGAAUUUACAGCUUUCCAUAUCGCUUCCUGCCCUGGCGUUAAUCAAACAGCUAUUGGUUUUAGAAAAUGUGAAUGUGAUUAUGUAGAAUUAAUAGAUGGAGAUAAUCCAAAUAGUUUAGUUAUAGAUACUUACUGUGGGCAUAAUUUACCUCCUCAGAUAAUGUCUUCUAAUAAUAUAAUGACUAUUAAACUUUUCACUGACGGAGAGCUAGCAAGUUCUGGUUUUGAAGCGGUAUUAUCAUCAAUACCCUCAGUUUGCGGUCAAUCUACUUACAAAAUAUCAACCCAAGUACAGACUUUGAAAUCGCCAGGUUACGACACAGGCUUACUUCCUCGAAAUUUAUAUUGUAGUUAUCAUUUAGAUGCAAGUUCUGAACCAUACUCAACUAUACAUAUAAGAAUUAAAAAUCUCGAUCUCGAACCUGGAAGCGACAAUAUCUGUAGUAAAGAUAAACUACUCAUAUAUAGCCAUACCGUUCCACUAAAUGAAAGUUUAGGAAAAAAUUAUAUUUUAAAUGAUGGCUUAUCUGAUUUCCUUGCACGUGCUUCAAACUAUUAUGAUACAGCAAUAAGUUAUCCAAAACGUUUUGAAUUAUGUGGCGUUAAAAAAUCUAUCGACUACUACGUAACUGGCAGUUCUAAUAUUAAUAUACAAACUACUGGCGAAACCACUCCUGUACAUAGAGGAUUCGAAAUUGAAAUAUCUUAUGUAGGAAUAUGUGGCAGAAACUACACAGAAUUGCAAGCGAGAAUACAAGCACAAACUAUAUUUGGAAAUGACGAUAGUUCUAAAGACUGUUAUACUUUAAUCACAGCACCUGAAAACUACACAAUAUCCAUUUAUUUUAUAUCAAUAACUCGUGCGUAUUGGGCAGAGGAUCCAUAUUUAGAAAUUUUCGACGGUAACACUACAAGCGCACACUCACUUAUUAAAAUUAAUAAUAAUUAUAAUACUGAUUAUUAUCCUAUUAUGUCUACACAAAGAUAUAUGCUCUUACAUAAUCAUAUAUAUCCAGUAGGACAGGCAAUAGCUUAUGACUUAAAUUACGUCGCCACGAAUAACAGCAGAGGAUGUGGUGGUCAGUUCUUUAGUGACUCAGGACUAUUCACGAGUCCGUUUUAUCCUAAUGAGUAUAGAAAAACAUCAACCUGCGAAUGGGAAAUUGAAACACCGGUAGGUACACGCAUCAUGUUACGUUUCUUAGUAUUUGAUUUAGGCGUCAUUUGUGAUCAGAACUAUCUGAGUAUUAUUGAUAGAAGUCAAAACACGAUUUCCACAUUCUGCUCUGAAUAUCCCGCAAACUACAUAACUGACGAUAACUAUGUGAAAAUAGCGUUUACUACUACUAUGAAUAACGGGGGCACGGGUUGGGUCAUUGAAUACAUAUCUGUUUUG